ACGUUCAUUGCUGUUAGUUUUGGAUUGUAUUUCGUUGGUGGUGGCUAACUAUAAAUUGUAGGAUUUAGGGGUCAGAUUGUUGUGAAAGUGUAGAGUCGACAGAAUGAGUAAAGAGCUGCGACCUAUUGUGAUGAGCGGCCCUUCAGGCAGUGGGAAGAGCACUCUCCUGGAGAAACUGUUUGCAGAAUUCCCAGGAUGCUUUGCUUUCAGUGUCUCACAUACAACAAGGUCACCAAGACCAGGAGAGAAGGAUGGAGUAGCAUAUUUUUUUGUGAAACGUGAGGAGUUUGAAAAACUAAAAGCAGAAAAUGGUUUUCUAGAGAAUGCAGAGUUCUCUGGCAACCUGUAUGGAACUAGUAAAAAGUCAGUGAACGAUAUCAUGAAGUCAGGGAAACUGUGUGUCUUAGAUGUGGAGGUGAAUGGUGUCAAGAAUAUUAAAAAGUCAGACUUCAAACCUAAGCCUAGAUAUAUUUUUGUCAAGCCACCAAGUAUAGAGGAAUUAAGAAAAAGACUAGACCAUAGAAACACAGAAACAAAAGAAAGUCUAGAGAAAAGAAUCAGUGCAGCUAAAGAAGCCUUUGAAUAUGCUGAACAAGAUGGUGCUUAUGAUCACAUUAUUGUUAACAAUGAUUUGGAAGUUGCAUAUAAGGAGCUGAAAGACAUCUUACAAAGUGAUAUUAAAUUAGUUCAAGACACAUUACACCAUAAAGGGAAAUAAUUAGUUAGUCAAUCAGGUUAUUAAAUCAUGUUUUGUUGUAUUGUGUAGGCCUAUGUGAUAAUCUUCACAAAAAUAUUUCUGGUGAGAUUUUAUUAAAACUAUUUUAAGCAACAUCACUCCACAUUUUACUUGUUGUAAUAAUCCACAGGCAAAAUAGGUUUAUAUUUGCACUUUGUAUGCAUUUUAGAUUUUUUAAAAAUUUGUUCUGAUCUGCUAUAGAAAUUGGUUUUGUAUGAAGACAAUAAUUAGAAAAAGUAGGUAUUUUUGUGGUAAUAUAUUCUAAAAUCUAUUUUGUUGUUGUUGGAUAAAAUAUAGUUUUUUUUAAUGGAUACUAAUUAGAAAAAGUAGGUAUUUUUGUGGUAAUAUAUUCUAAAAUCUAUUUUGUUGUUGUUGGAUAAAAUAGUUUUUUUUUAAUGGAUACUAAUUAGAAAAGUAGGUAUUUUUGUGGUAAUAUAUUCUAAAAUCUAUAUUGUUGUUGUUGGAUAAAAUAGUUUUUUUUUAAUGGAUACUAAUUAGAAAAAAAGUAGGUAUUUUUGUGGUAAUAUAUUCUAAAAUCUAUUUUGUUGUUGUUGGAUCAAAUAGUUUUUUUUUAAUGGAUACUAAUUUAAAACAAAAAACCUUUUUAGCCCAGGUACAUUGGCUAGUUUUUAUUUUUAAACUUUAUCUGCAGAUUGAAAAUGUAAUUUCUUCUUUCACUGUUUCUAGCACAUAUUUUUCUAUGCUGUAGUUAGUAUUUUCCCCAACAACUUGUGUCAGACUUUUCUAUUUUCUUACAAAUGGCUUAGUUAACAUUGUAUCAAUUGGACAUCUAUAAAUAUCCUUAUGUAUUAUGUUAACUAACACCUAGUGAUAUGUAUAGUGCCUUAGUAAUGUUUUUUCUAUUGUAUGAACCCAUCUGUUUUCCUUGCACAAUAGGUAACAAUUGUCAUUAGAAUAGUACUGAUGUUUUAUAAUUUACUAUUAUAAAAAACUACUUAAUACUUAAGGUAAUUGUUCCAUAAUUGUUUUCUUAAUUGCUGCUCAUAACAAUGUUUUUGUUAUACACAGAGGUGCUGUUUAUUCAUUAAAAUUUGGGAUUUAAGAAAAUAUUGAUAAAAUAGAAAAAAGAAAUUGAUACAAUAAUUUUUUUUAAUAAAAAAAGUUUUUUUUAAAAUUAACAUUAUACAAAUGUUGCAAUAAAGAGGAGUUGUAAGCAAUACUUAAUUGUAAUGAAUAAUAUAUUGUGUUGAGUUGAAUGGAUUUUAGUAAUGUUUUUACCAGCCGUUGUGAUAAAUCUUGCCUACAUGCAGAGGAUUUGUUAAGUUGAAGGACAUUAAGAUGGCUCGGCAGUUUGAGUUGUAUAGAAAUACCUCACAACAUUUGUUACAUUGUUGUUUGUAUAAAUUGAUUAUUUAUCUGGCUAGUUUAGAAAUGUUUUGAUUUGCUUAUAUUACUUACCUAAUAUCACUAGAUGUUGAUGCACAAUUUUAUUGUUUUAUUGUUUUGCUGCAGAUUUUUAAAAGCUACAGAAAUACAAAUGUAAAAUAAUAAAAUUCCUGACAUAAAUUUUGUACAAGGCUGCUCAGUUUUAAAUGCUAAUUUAAAUGUGGACCAAAAUAUUAUUUCAAUGGGUAAAAAUGUUUUAAUUUUUUUCCAAGAAAAAUAUUUUCUCUGUUGUGCAGAUAAAGAAGAGAUUGUCUCUGUGACUGAGCAUGAGGGAUCUUAUUGACUAGGUCAACUCUACUUCAUCUGCCCUGUUAACUGGCAUGCAUAAAAAAGAUACUUUGAUUUUUAGAAAUCAAUUAAUGUUUUUCAAAAUGUUUUUUUUUUCAAAUUAAAUCUGGCUUAAUCAUUCAGUUAUAGUUUGAUGCUUUAUAGGCAUACAGCAGCUGCUUUGAAAUCUAACCAGUAGUAUUUUAUUAUGUUGAUUUGCUGGGGCACAAAUUUAAGUGUGAAUGUUUGCGGGUAGAUUAAUAAAGUUUUAUGGUAAAUUCA